GCAGCGGUUAUUCUCACUUAGCGCACCACAAUCCAAGCCACAGCAGUGCAUCGGAACGGCUUGCUGCCCUAGAAGAGAGCCGCCGAAACAAGGUCUGCAUCCGCAGCAACAAAAACCGGAGCACGCUUGAAACUUCGGUGCCGACGACAUGGACGCCCUCGAAAACGGCGAGGCAUCCGCCGCUGCCGCUCCGCCGCCGACCUCAACGGCAACACAUGUGGUGAAAGACAACGAAGGCGACGGCGGGGAAGCCGUUGCAAACAGCGGCGGCGUGUCGGUCGAGAAGAAGCUUAACAAAGACGGCGGGGGGACCGACGAGGGCACGGCGGGCGGGAGCGAGGAUGGGGGCGGCAAGAAGAAGGACGAUAAGGAGAAGGCCAAGUCGGUGGGCACGGCCAAGCUGCUGCUGAAGUACGCCUCGCCCCUGGAGAUGUUGUACAUGUUCCUCGGGACCAUCUCGGCCAUCGUGUGUGGGUGA